AUGGCGGCCAAGCAAGAUAGCUUUCGCGUGAUUAUAGUUGGCGGAUCUGUUGCUGGUCUGACUCUGGCUCACUGCUUGUUCAAGAACAACAUUGAUUUUGUGAUCCUCGAAUCAAACUGCGAUAUUGCCCCCCAGGUCGGUGCUUCAAUUGGCAUUCUUCCCAAUGGUGCUCGCAUUCUCGACCAACUGGAUAUUUUCGAUGAGAUCCUUGAUGCAGCCGAGCCUCUAGAGCACGGUUGGACCUGGUCGGCAGCAGGCAAGAUAAUAUCAAAGACUGAAGCCCCUAAAGUCAUUCAUCAGAGGCAUGGAUAUCCAAUUACCUUCCUCGAUCGCCAGAUCUUGUUGGAUAUUUUGUACAGAAAUUUGAAAGAUGGAGAUCGUCGCGUACAUACCAACAAGAGGGUCACAAAAGUCGAGCAUUUUUCUGAGAAAGUGCGAAUUCAUUGUGCAGACCAGUCCGUUUUCGAGGGCGACAUGGUCGUUGGAGCCGACGGUGUGCGGAGUACAGUGAGACGAGAGAUGUGGGAUUACAUGGACUCCAUGGCUCUAGGGAAACAGGCAGCAGAGGAACGAGCAUGCAUGUCGUCUGAGUAUUCCUGUGUGUUUGGAAUAUCUACCGCAACGCCAGGACUACAGCCCGGACAGAGCCAUCGUACUUUUGCAGAUGACUACUCGACCUUGACCGUUGUUGGCAAAGAAGGCCGUGUUUUCUGGUUCCUAUUUACCAAGAUGAACCGUGUCUACUCUGCUUCUGAGAUCCCUAGACUCGACAAGGAAGACAUAGGACAGCACAUGAAUAAGUAUGCUCAUGUUCCGAUCACGGAUAGUGUCACUCUCUCUGCUGUUUAUCAAAAUGUUGUAUCACGAAAUUUCCUUGCUUUAGAGGAAGCUUUCUACACACAUUGGUGCAUGGACCGAUUUGUUUGCAUUGGAGAUUCGGCUCACAAGAUGACUCCUAAUAUGGGCCAAGGGGGUAACAGUGCUAUUGAGAGUGCUGCUGCGCUAGCCAACCAUCUCGCUAUUCUGGUCCAGGGCUCAUCCAGUGACUGUAUCUCCCUUCGAAGCAUCAAAUCUUGUCUGAAUAAUUGGCAAACAGCGCGACAACCACGAACUAAAAAAGUCUGGACCAAGGCAAAUAGUUUGACAAGACUUGAAGCUGGGGCAACAGUCAAAGACAGGAUUAUCGCCCAGUAUCUACUCCCUUUUAUGAGCCAACUACUCAUUGACAAGAUCUCCCAAACACUCUUUGGGGCAGAGAGGCUGGAUUCUGUCCCACUUCCUCUCCGAGCAUCUCAGUGUUCUAUGCCACUUCACUCUCAGCCACGUCGUAGUUAUGGACAGACUGGCUGGGGGCGGACUCUGUGGACCGUGCCCCUCAUUGGAUGCUACUUUGCUGCUCAUAUCACCAUGGGAUCUUUAGUACAAAAGUUCGGACCCUUUCUGGGGUCUACGCUUGCCCAGGGCUCUUGGACCGCAAGCAACGGAGAAACUCUGGAUCUUAUCAGGCCCAUAUAUCAUGUUUCUUUCUUGGACAAAAUGUUUGGACCUCUCAUUUGCUGCUUCUUGCCCUCAAUCAGCGGGUCUGAUCCCAAAUCAUACGCGCAGAUGAUCUCAUUUAUGGCCGAUAUUGGCCCGGUAUACGGAAUCUGGCUACUUGAGAGCUACCGAAAAGGGAAAACUAACAUUGAGACUAUACUACCAACUCUGAUGGGGGUCGUUUUUCAAUUGAAGGGAAUCGGCAAAUUGGCCCCUUUGUACUAUGCAAUUGAGUACAUCCACUCACCUCUUUCCAGUCUCAUUCAAGGAGACAGGCGCGAGAUAAAGGCAACCGCGUUGAGGUCAUUCUUGCCAGCUAUGCUCGCAGGAUACUAUCUUCCAACUUUCGGAAACUUCUUUGCCUCUACCCUUGAGUCACGCCGAUCAUACAAUGCUGUCUGGCAGUUUUUCCCCGUGAUUGUACCCCUUCUGCAGGUCUUCUUUCGUCUUUCUGCGGACCAAAUCUCUGAAUGCAAGCCUGUCCAAAUACAAAGAGGCCACAGACAGGAUAUGUUCUACAUCCGCUGUGCAUACGGCACUAUGACCGCGAUCUCAGGACUUGCCUUCCUCUACGCCCGGAUUUCGGCUCCACAAAGCAUAUCCCUGGUGUCUGUUUUCCUGCCUAGUCUGUUUGGGCAUACGGAGCCUAUCUCUUCGUUUACCGCUGGGAUUGCGAAGCUAUUUCAGUAUGAUGAGUUGAUUUCUAUGGUAUCUGGGUUUGUCUGGCUGGGGCUUCGAUUUCAAGAAAUGAAGCAAGCUGGACCACCCUGGUGGAAGUCAGUAUGUGCUUUGGUUGGCACUACUCUCACUCUUGGUCCUGGCGCAGCAUUUGCACUAGGUUGGGGAUGGAGGGAAGAAAUUCUUGCUCACAUAACUUCUGAAGAUGAGAAUUAUUCCAAGCGCCAUUUGUGA